AGGAGCCAGGCUGAAGCAGCAGCAGCAUCCGCAGCAGCAGCAGCGCCGCCACAAAGGGAGCUCAGUGCUGCAUCGACUCUUCCUUCGCUCCUCUUCUUCAGGGUUUGAGAUGCUCCGGCUCAGCGGCAGGAUGUGCGGCUUCUCGGCCCUGCUUUCAGUGCUCCUUGCCGGGCUCGCGGCCGCGUCGUCGGAUCUGUUCGACAACCAACUGGGCGACAUCAAUUACUGCAAAAAGCAAUGCCAGCUCACCAUCAAAAACAAAAGCCCUGCUAAAGACUCCAUAAUGAACGCCUGCCACCGCGGCUGCCGCCUCUACUCCAUCUGCCAGUUUGUCAAUGGCAAUGCCGGCUUUAACACCAGCAGAGAGGAAUGUCAGGGAGCCUGCCAGGAGGCGUAUAUCAAGCUGCUGGAGCAGGAGGCCUGCAGCACCGGCUGUGCCAGCCAACCCUCUGAACCAGAGAUCAAGAGGAGGAAGCUCAGGGCCAUGACUCUCCGCCCUAAGCCCCCCUCUGUGAUGGAGGCCGUGUCCAGCUGGUGCAACGACAUUGUCAGCUCCGCCCAGAGUUUCAUCUCCUCUACCUGGACUUUCUACCUGCAGGCUGAUGAUGGCAAGGUUGUAGUUUUCCAGAGUCAGCCGGAGAUGGAGUAUACUCUGCCCGAGCUUCAGGCUCCUCGUUCAAACGUGGCAGACAAACCCUGGCCUCAGGUCCACUCUCACACCCAAAGGCCCCACGGUGUGAGGGGUCACGGUGAGAGGGGAGCAUCCAAAGCAGGAGGCAAAGGGAAACACCCUGUGCAGCAUGCAGAGGACCCCACGGCUGAGCAUGACUUCCUCGGCUGCAUGUCAAGACGUUCAGGCCUUCCACGGUGGAUCUUAGCAGCCUGUCUCUUCCUGUCUAUAAUGGUCAUGUUGUGGCUCAGCUGUGCCAGUCUGGUCACUGCACCUGAGCAGCACAUCAAGACACAGCUGAGCAUCAACGGAGAUAAAGAGUUUCUGGAUAACGCCAUCAAAGUCAACCCAUAUCACCUGAGUCCUGUGAUCGCUGUGGCUGUUAAACAAUCAGAGGAGAGUCAGGAGGCGGGGCCUCUCCCAGUGAAGGUUGACCUUAACAAAACCUGUGUUUAGAAAGAGCCAAUGAGAGAGCUGCUGUCUUUUUUCUCAUGGUUACUCUGUCCACAAUCCUUGACCAGAACAACAAACACAACACAGGACUCACUCAGUCACCAGAAUUUUGUAGACCAUAUUUUUAAGAGCAUGGCACCCUCCCAUCAUAAACAAUGCUAAUGCUGAGACAUCUAGCUUGGUCCUGUUGCUGUGAUGGCACUUCACUCGUUUGUUCCAGAUUUUUCUGAUUAUCCUAAAAGCUCAGUCUGCUCAUUGCUUAUUGAUAAGUUAGUGCUCUUGUCUCAGAGCCACAUGGGGGACAAACAGCUGAGAGCUUUCGUGUAAUUUUUCAUGUCUAGAGAAAGACAAAAACAGAGAUUACUUUUAGACUUCUUUUUGCCUAGUUCUUACACAGAGUUUGGAUUCAUGAAUAUGCUGCUGAGAAGAUGAUCAGAUGGUGGGUUGAAUACUUUGGCUUGUGAGUGCUGCAGGAAGCAGAUACUGUAGCUCACAGUAUAUGAUGUGUUUUCAUAAUCAGCUUAAUGAGCCGUUUACUCAGAGUGAUUUUAUGAAUAGCUUGAGAAAUUCAAAACCACGCUUUCCCCCUUAUGAUGCAAAACAACUCUAAGCUAACCUAAGUCCUCUAUAGGUUUGUGUGUAUUUGGAUAUAUCUGAGUGUGUGUGUCUAAAUCUCUAACAGCACAUGAUUUGUAUUUAAGGGGGACAAAUACUAUAAAAAGCAAAAUUCAAGCUGUAACUAACAGAGCCGCUAAAGUCCUGCAAAGCGAUAGUUUUUAUCUUGUCAGCACAAGACAAAAAAAAGCAUGUUAGGUCUGUAGCAAAAAAACUUUGCAUCUGUAUUAAGCUACAGAAAAUGCUUGAACAUAGAAAUCAAUAAUUUGGUUAACCGUAGGAAAUCGUUGCCAUACCACAGGCAUUAAUACUGACGCUAUGAUCUGACUAGUAAAGUAUACCGUGGUGAGCUGCAAUUACUGUACAGCAGAUCCAUAUUAUUACAAUCGAAUGAAAUUACAUUUAAAAGCUCUGUGAAACAUACCACAUGGGUAAAUAGUUCUCUCAACAUAGAAAAUGCACUUCGUGUAAUUGUAUUUAUGAGCUUAUUGCAAAUCGUCAUAACCUGGAGCGCACCCCUCUACUCUGCCAGAGGAGGGCGCUGAUGUUGUAGUGUAACUGAUAAACACAGUUUUCACACAAACAAUAAAAAAAAGAUUUAGUAGGAAACAUUGGCAUUCAAUGACGAGUGAUGGUAACUGAUGCCAAGUGGAGUCAUUCUCAAAGGUUAUUAAUUUGUGCACGCAGGAGAAUUCUCUUGCGUGCACAAUAUAAUCACUUCUGCAAACAAGCUAACUAACUUGUUUGUAACAGAUAAAUUGUGUGCGCAAGGUAACUCAUGCACAGAAUAACUUACGUGAUAACUUAACUUGCACAGUUAAAAAAUGUGUGCACACGAGAUAAUAACUGGUGCAGGCAAGAUAAUAACUUCUGCACACUAUAUAAUGACUUGUGCACAUAAUCUAACUAACUUGUGCAAACAAGAUAAUAACUAGUGCUCACAAGAUACGAAUUUUCACCGUAUAGGAUUUCAGGGGCUCUAGUAACUAGACUGAGAACUAGUCAUUAAAAAAACAACCUUUAUUUAUUUUCUUCUGUAUUUAUUCAGCCAUCCACAUGAUUUAUCUGUCAAAUAGUGUUAUUAAAGUGCCAUGUACUGUACAUAUAACCAUGAUAAAAAUGUAAUUGCUCUGUAUGUAAAAUACAUUGUAACACACAUUGCAAAGAGACAAAUAUAGGGGGAGAUUGCACCUGUUACUGUACUAUUACUACUCUUAUUAUCUUAUUGCUCUUAUAUCACUUGAAGAGUUCUUAGCUGUUAUAUGUGCCAUGUGCUUUCUAAUAGCUGACUAUUUUGUAUGUCCUAGGAGCACACACUGAAGGGUAACCUCUGUAACUAUGUGUAAUGCAAAGCUUUGAGCAUAGACCUUUGUUAAUGACCGGAGUUGCACAGUCUUAGAGCAGAUCUUCUGUUUUCCUCUCAGUGCUUUCGGUGUGUGUAACGCUCUCUUUUCAUCCAGGCUGUGUAGACAAUAAACCGUGCAUGCAAGUGACGCUUUGAUAGUUUAUCCUUAACCGCCCGCCAUGCCAGGACGGCAAGCCUCUGCUGUAGACUUGUGAUUUUUUGUGUUACUAUUUACUGUAAAUUUUGAAAUGAAUAUGUGAUGAUGACUGACAAUAUGCCCAUGAUUUACAGGAAGGACUCUUAUAAUUAAAAAGCCAUUCAAUCAAUAUCUGUGCUGGUUCAAACUGAUAUCACAAGGAAUAAGAUAUAUUGUUUCCUUUUUACUGGUCUGUUUCUUUUCAAUGAAAUGAUACAACAUGAUGAAAUAAAGUGUUUUCAUUGUAAAUAAAUGACAGAGUUUGUGUUU